AUGGGCGGCACGUCAACUCGGAACUUCAGAAUGUUCAGAGAGCUAUGUGGUGACACUACACUCCGAAAUGUGGUCAUUGUCACGAACAUGUGGGGCGAGGUCUCUGUCGACAUUGGCGAGGCGCGCGAGGAAGAGUUGAAGAACCGGGAUAUCUUCUUCAAGCCCGUGCUAGGCAAGGGUGCCCAGAUGAAACGACAUGACAAUACAUUUGACUCGGCUUGUGCCCUCAUGCGUUGCAUUGCGUUCAAAGCUCCCCUGGCUUUGCGCAUUCAGAGGGAGCUGGUUGACGAGGAGAAGGACAUCACAGAGACUGCCGCCGGUGCCGAGCUCGGCCGCGAGUUGCACGAACAGGCGAUGAGAUACAAGGCAGAACAACGGCAGCUACAAGACGAAAUGAAGAAAGCACUGAGGCAGAAGGAUGAGCAGGCUCGAGAGGAACUCGAGCAAGCGACGGCGCAGCUGAACCGAGAUAUGAUGCGCGUGCAGAAUGAAUCACAACGCCUAGCUUCCUCUUACGCCGAAGAGAAAGACAGGCUCGAAAGAAGGAUGCAAGACCUUGAGGCGACAUCUCGCCUGGAAAUCGAACGGCAGGCUGCCGAGCACAAAAGGAGGGUGGACGAAGUCAAUGACAAGCUCCGGCGUACACAAGAGGCGGACUCGGUAGAAAGGAUGCAGCUGAACGCGACGGUGGAGCGCCUUCAACAACAGUAUGCUGAAGCUACUCGACGGCAAUCUCGACCCGGGAUUUUCAGCUCGAUUGGGGGUUUACUUGACUCGAUCCUUCCAUUCUAA